UUCUGGAAGGAAGCUUUCCAUGCUGUAUUGUAUUCAGUGUGUUAACUUUCCUAUCCCCGAUCACACACAAAUGAGAGAUAUAUUAUACCUUACCUGAUAGCAUCUUUUAUACACAUUGCGCCCGAUGAAGUUUGCUGUUGACAGCCUGAAAUAAACUAAAUCAGUUGUAUCCAGAACGUGAACCUCAAUAGUACUUUUAUUGAAAGAAGAUCUUUUUAGCUGACGACGAGGUUAAAAGUGAAAGUUAAGUUUGCGUGCAAAAGUGAAGUGGUUCUGGAGAAGCUGUGCAAGGCGUUCAAUUGGGCAGAUUUCGGCCAAUUCUGGAGGUUUCCUUUGCCGGUCUCAAGUGACGCUACCAGGAGGAUUGAGCGGAAGUGCUUUUGAGCAGCUCAGGCAAGGAAGAUUGUGUUCCCAGGUUGAAAGCUUUCCCUGGUAUAGGCCGUCGACGAGUAAUUCGAGGCAUAAUAAGAAGUGGUUGCUGUUGUUGCGGAAUUGGAAGUUGUUGCUGUUGCUGGGCAGUUGGAAGUUGCUGUGACUGGAGAUCGUUUAGAGGUGGCUGUUGCUGGAUUCGGUGGCUUUUUGGGAUUCGCUCUUGGAUUAGCUAGACUUGCCGGUGGUGACGUUGAGGAAACGGAAUCGGACUGGUGCUACUUGGCGAGAUCAUUGCUGGUGUGCGAACAGUGUCGUGCCUAAGUUGUGAUAAUGGGACUUAUCGGUACCAUUGACCCGUAUGUACAGGGUACAUCGUUUUCCCAUUAUGUUGAACAAAUGGAAUACAUUUUUUCAAGCAAUGACAUCCAGGAAGUUAAGAAAAAGGACAUCUUUUUGAGCUUGUGUGGGGUUACGGUAUUCCAUGAACUAAAGCGUCUGUAUCCUGCUACGGACCUUAAAACUGUAUCAUAUGCCGACAUUAUAAAGAAACUCAAAGAGAGGUACGAUAAGGUAGAAUCAGACAUUGUGAUGCGUUUUAAAUUUCGAUGCCGCGUUCAGGGACCGAGUGAAAGUAAUGAAAAUUUUUUACUUGACGUCAAGUUACUGGCCGAGACCUGUGAUUUUGGUGAGUUUAGGGAUUCCGCGAUUAGGGAUCAGCUAGUAUAUGGUGUAUACGAUAAAAACUUACAACAAAGGUUGUUGGAUGAAGAAAAUUUGACCCUAAAGGUGGCGGAACGGAUUCUGAAGACAAAAGAGGUAGCAGCGAAUAGUUCCCAGGCGAUCAAUAGAACUAGCGAGGUGCAUUCAGUUAAAGAAAGGCUUGGUUGGAAAGGUGAUAGGAUUGAAACAAGAGGUUACCGAGAAAGAGUUGGUGCGGAAAGAGGAAGAGAGAGGAAUCGUCACGAAAGAAGCUAUGAUAAUAGGCGUUUACAGAAGUCUUAUACGAACUAUAGGUCUCGGUCCCGAUCGCAAACCAAGGGACGCUAUUCUAAUUUCAUUUGCCAUUAUUGCAAUAUUAGGGGACAUAUCCAAAAGAAUUGUUAUAAAUUUCUGAAUAAAUCGAAAAAUGCGACAGGAAAUCCGGUGAAAUUUUUAGAGGCGGAAAAUGAGGAUAAUCUCCAUGACUAUUUCAAGCGGCUGAGGAAGGACUACGAUAGCGACGCAGAUUCAGGUGAUUACUAUCCUUGUAUGAUGAUUAAAUCAAUUAGUAGGAUUAGUGAACCUUGUCUGUUGGAUGUUUGCAUUGACGGGAAAUCCAUUCAAAUGGAAAUUGACAGUGGUUCCUCAGUUUCGGUGAUAAGCAGACCUGACUAUUUGAGCAAAUUCAGUAAAACAACAUUGAAAAGAAAUAUGAAAAAGUUAGUGGUUGUAAAUGGAUCAACUUUGGAGGUUUUUGGGUCAAUUAUGGUUAAUGUGUGGUUAAAUUCAAAGAAAGUUAAACUGGAGCUUGUAAUUAUCAAUACUGAUCAUAAAUUUGUUCCAUUGAUUGGUAGAGAUUGGUUGGAUGUUUUUUGUGAUGGCUGGAGACAAAUUUUCUCGAAAGCAUUGUGUGUGAACAAUUUGGCUUUGACCAACGAUAAAGACAAAAUGGUGAAUGAUUUGAGAAAUAGAUACGAUGAUGUUUUUAACCGAGAUUUUUCGCGUCCAAUCCUAGGUUAUGAAGCCGAUUUGGUGCUCAAGAAAGAUAGCCCUAUUUUUAAAAAAGCUUACAACGUACCUUAUCGGUUACGAGAUAAGGUGGUGAAACAUUUACAGGAAUUAGAGAACGGUGGCAUUAUAACUCCCAUCAAAACUAGUUUAUGGGCUUCGCCUGUAGUGGUCGUUCCGAAGAAAAAUGACGAAAUUAGGCUUGUAAUUGACUGCAAAGUAUCGUUGAACAAAGUAUUGAUACCGAACACGUAUCCUCUGCCUACAGCACAGGAUUUAUUUUCCUCUUUGGCGGGAUGCACCUGUUUUUGCUCAUUAGAUUUGACUACUGCAUACACACAGCUCAAACUUUCUGAAAAUUCAAGAAAAUUUGUUGUUAUUAAUACAAUAAAAGGGUUGUUCACAUACAAUAGAUUACCUCAAGGUGCUUCCUCGAGUGCAGCGAUAUUUCAACAAAUAAUGGACGAUGUUUUGAAAGGAAUUGAGUUUGUAUAUUGUUACCUUGACGAUGUGCUAAUUGCAGGAAAGAGUCCUGAAGAGUGCUUGAGAAAAUUGGAAAUUGUUUUGGAGCGUUUGUCACAAGCUAAUAUUAAGAUUAACUUUAAUAAAUGUGUGUUUUUCGUUAAUAAGUUGCCUUAUUUAGGGCACAUAAUUACAGACAAGGGUCUUCUUCCAAACCCGGAAAAAGUUUCGACAAUACAGGCAGCAAAGAGACCAGAAAACGUAAAUGAACUAAAAGCCUACUUAGGUCUACUUAAUUAUUAUAAUAAAUUCCUUCCCAAUCUGUCCAUGACUUUAAAUCCAUUAUAUGGUCUGCUGAAGAAAAAUGUCAGAUUUGAGUGGGACUCGGUUUGUGACAAAUCAUUCGAAGAAUCGAAAACAAAAUUGUUAUCAGCUAACAUACUUACGUUCUAUGACCCGAAAAAACCUAUUGUUGUAAGCACUGAUGCGUCAUCAUACGGUUUAGGAGGGGUAAUUUCUCAUGUAGUGAACGGAAACGAGAAACCCAUUUGGUUUACUUCUUUUUCUUUGAAUAAUGCGCAAAAAACUUAUCCUAUCUUACAUUUAGAGGCGCUGGCAGUAGUGUCUACAGUAAAAAAAUUUCAUAAAUUUCUAUACGGCCAAAAGUUCACUAUAUACACAGACCAUAAGCCAUUGUUGGGGAUUCUGGGCAAACCUGGACGGAAUUCAAUAUUUGUUACGAGAAUUCAAAGGUACAUAAUGGAUUUGGCCAUAUAUGAUUAUGAUAUUUUAUACAGACCUGCUGAAAGACAAGGGAAUGCGGAUUUUUGUUCCCGUUUUCCGUUGAAAAACGAAAUGGUGUUGGAUACCGCAUGUGAUUAUGUAAAGUCAUUGAAUUUAUUCGACAAUUUUCCAUUGGAUUAUUCGCAAGUAGCCCAAGAGACAAAACAGGAUGCAUUUUUACAACAAAUACUUUCGUUCAUUAAGAAUGGUUGGCCUAAUAGAAUUCAAAGAUGUUUCAAAAAUGUGUAUGCUCAAAGUCAAGAUUUGGAAGAAGUGCAAGGAUGUCUAUUGUUUCAGGAUAGAGUGGUGAUACCUGCUACGAUGCAAAGUAAAGUAUUGAAACUGCUUCACGCCAAUCAUAACGGUAUCAUUAAAAUGAAGCAGCUUGCUAGAAAGUAUGUUUAUUGGUUUGGCAUUAACAGAGACGUUGAGGAUUUUGUGAAUAGUUGCGAUACAUGCUUAAAGAUGACAAAUGUUUCAGGAAGUAAGGAAACGAACAAGUGGAUACCGACUUUGAAACCUUUCAGUAGGAUUCACGCUGAUUUUUUUUAUUUUAAAGGGCAUGUUUUAUUACUGAUUGUAGACAGUUGUUCAAAGUGGCUGGAAAUUGAGUUGAUGGAUACAGGAACUAAUGCUGAGCAAGUUUUGAGGAAAUUUGCUGGAUUAUUUGCAAGGUAUGGUCUUCCAGAUGUCGUAGUUACGGACAACGGUCCACCGUUCAAUUCAACUUCUUUUGAUACAUUUUUAAGAAAACAAGGGAUACAAGUAAUAAAAAGUCCACCCUACCAUCCACAAAGUAAUGGACAGGCAGAAAGGAUGGUUAGGGUAACGAAAGAAAUUUUGAAAAAGUUUCUUGUGGAUCCUCAAAUGUUUUCUUUGAAUCUUCAGGACAAGAUUAACUACUUUCUUUUUAACUAUAGAAACACUUGUCUCGGAACUGGUGAUUCGCCAUCAGAAAAAGUUUUGGGGUAUAAACCCAAAACCUUACUGGAUCUUUUAAACCCAAAUAAAUCAUUUAAAAGCAAUUUAGCAUAUCCCCCUGUAGAAAAUAUGAUUUGGAAUCAGUCCAAACAUAUUAGGGGUGAUCCUUUUGAAAAGCUUUCACCAGGAGACAAGGUUUACUAUAGGAACCCUAAUGUAUCACAAACCCAGAGAUGGGUAGAAGCUACGUUCACUAAAAAAAUCUCUACGAAUGUUUUACAGAUUGCCAUCGGAGCACAUCUUCUCACGGCCCACAGGGGGCAGAUAAAGCUCAUCAAGAAGACUGAAAGGAGACGAAAUGUCACGUUCCAGGUCGGUGACAGUAUCACGAAUAGACGGGGAGAGAAAAGGCGAUAUACUGCGUCGGAUGAUGAAGAACCAUUCGAUGGUUUCGAGUUGUCGAAUGAACCCCCACCAGCUAGGAGUGAACUCCAUCCAGAGGCAUUGCAAGAGAUCGUGGAAACCAAAAACGCAUCGAAUUACCAACCAGUUGGAGCUCGAAAAUCGACUAGGAAGAAGAAGAGAGCAGAGCAUGAAGAUUUCCUGUACUAUUAAGCUACAUCAGUGUGAAUUUCAAGUGCCAUCGAAUAUUACGAUUGAUUAAGCGAAUUCAAGUAAAAAUACAUUUGUAAGGACAAGUUGAAUUCUUUGUAAGUUCUAGUUAAGUGAUGAUUACUAACUAAAAAGGGAAGGAAUUGUAUUGUAUUCAGUGUGUUAACUUUCCUAUCCCCGAUCACACACAAAUGAGAGAUAUAUUAUACCUUACCUGAUAGCAUCUUUUAUACACAUUGCGCCCGAUGAAGUUUGCUGUUGACAGCCUGAAAUAAACUAAAUCAGUUGUAUCCAGAACGUGAA